AGGACGACCGAAUCUCUCUGUAUGCACACACACACUCAAUGAAAAGUCCGGGUUGUGAACUGCAAACCUUGUCAAAACAGUCAGCAAAACGGAAUGUUGUUUCAGUAUCCCGCUUUUAUUCACGCGUGAUUCUCGAAGACUCGAAUACACCGCACUGUGGAUUUUUACUCGCUUUACGGGUGAUUUCUCCUCCGCAUCUGAGAUUUGUCUUUGUCACAUCUGCAAAGGACCGCUAACAGAGCUGUUAUGUGUAACAGAGCUGGUAUGUGUUAUAUGGACACGUUUAACGGAUAUGUUUUGGAUACAGUAUGAUGAAGCCUGACACGGACAGUCUGGGGAGAUUUACACAUUUUCAUCACUAAACCUUUACCUGGAUCUUUUUUUCGCGUGUCUUAUUAAAACAUUAAACGCGGUCAACAGUAAACCGUCAGGAUGUGUACCGUUUUUAACAAUAACAGAGGAUAGCAGCGGUGUAUUGCCAUAUUUCGUACGGCGUGAGAGCGCAACAUGUAUUUCCUGCCUGAAUCCUGCAUGCACAGACAAUGUAUAGCCUACAGGAAGAGAGAGGCACGAUAACAGACUGUAUCAGGCCUCCGAUCACGAUCACGUCUAAUUUCUCCAUUUAACCUGCCUAAAGGCUUUCAUUUCAUUUAUCACAGCGUGUCAUGUCGAUCUGGGCAGGAGAAUCUCGUUCGGUGGUCGCAUUGCUUCCUUCCUGAUGCCUGAUGUUCUUCAUCCAUGCAAGGAUUCACCAUGGAAACCCAGAGUGAGCUCUGGUGGACACACAGACUGGACCCUGGACUGGAAAAACAGAGCCAGAUGAAUUCGUAAACGGCUUCUUUACCCUUUGAUAUUAUUCAUAUUUGGCAACUUGUUAAGACAAAGUCAUAAAGCUGUUGUCAUUUGCUUGAGAACCGCAUCCCAAGUGCCAAAGCGUCUCUAGAAGACCAAGAGGUGCUGGCAGAUGCCCAUGCCGUACAGUACAGAGAACAUGCAAACAAGAUCUGCUUCAAUGUCUAAACAUGCAGUGCAUGACAAUCACGUUGCGACUUUAGAUCUGAUCAGCGUACAUCUCAGGUUCAGACAUUUGUGGACACAUUUUAAAGACAUUCAAGCAAGCAAGCACAUGUUUUUUGAACAUAUGCUACGUUAAAGAGGACAAAACCCUGCAAAAAAAUCCUUGUUCAGUACUUAUUACAUUCAGACCUCGACAAUGCCUCGGAACCGGGCCUUUUCGGAGCCGGAGUAUUCUGCUGAAUAUUCGGCGGACUGUUCGGUCACCCUGCCCUCUGACCCUGGUCAAGCCGUGGGACGAACCCACGAGGUGACCGUGCGCAGUUCCGGCUGCUGCCUGUGUUUGCCGCGGUUCAUGCGGCUAACCUUUGCUCCUGACUCUCUGGAGAACCUCUACCAGACCUAUUUCCGCCGCCAACGGCAUGAAACCCUGCUGGUGUUGGUGGUUUUUGCGGCCCUUUUUGACUGCUAUGUCAUUGUGAUGUGCGCUGUGGUUUAUACCAGCGACAAACUGGCAUCUGUGGUCGUGGCAUCGGUGGGACUGGCCGCAGACGUGGUACUUUACUUGUUGUGUCGGUACGGCCUGCUCCCUGACCGCGUGUCACGUCGCCUGGUGCCCUAUGCCCUCUGGCUUCUCAUAGCAGCCCAGAUUUUCUGUUACCUAGGAUUGAACUUUGCCCGCUUCCACCAGCCCAGCGACACUGUAGGCUGGCAGGCCUUUUUUAGCUUUUCCUUCUUUUUGACACUGCCGCUCCGGCUAACUCCUAUAGUGCUCAUCACAGCCGUUUCCUGUGGGGUGCACACCCUGGUGUUGGGUGUCACCAUCGCACAGCAGCAGCAGGAGGACAUUCAGGGGGCAGCUCUCGGAAGACAGUUGCUGGCCAACAUUGUGAUAUACUCAUGUACCAUCACAGUGGGCGUCAUGUCGUACUACAUGGCUGACCGCAAACACCGCAAAGCCUUUCUAGAGACCCGACAGUCCCUGGAGGUGAAGCUGAACCUGGAGGAGCAGAGUCAGCAGCAGGAGCGUCUCCUGCUGUCCAUCCUGCCCAAGCACAUCGCAGAUGAGAUGCUUCAAGACAUGAAGAAAGAAGCCAGUCAGAAAGAGAUGCAGCAGUUCAACACCAUGUACAUGUAUCGGCACGAGAACGUCAGUAUUUUGUUCGCAGACAUUGUGGGCUUCACACAACUCUCCUCGUCCUGUAGUGCACAGGAAUUGGUUAAGUUGCUCAACGAAUUGUUUGCCCGGUUCGACAAGCUAGCUGCUAAAUACCACCAAUUGAGGAUUAAGAUCCUUGGCGACUGCUAUUACUGUAUUUGUGGCCUUCCAGAUUACCGUGACGACCAUGCGGCCUGCUCGAUAAGGAUGGGCUUGGCUAUGGUUGAGGCGAUUUCAUACGUUCGAGAGAAGACGCAGACGGAUGUCGACAUGCGUGUCGGCGUUCAUUCUGGGACAGUCUUGGGCGGCGUGCUCGGCCAGAAGCGCUGGCAAUACGACGUGUGGUCAACUGAUGUCACAGUGGCCAAUAAGAUGGAGGCUGGAGGAAUUCCAGGGCGAGUCCACAUCUCCCAGAAUACCCUUGAGUGUCUGCAUGGAGAGUUUGAUGUGGAGCCAGGGAACGGUGGAGAUCGCUGCGAGUACCUGAAGGAGAGGGGCAUUGAGACCUACUUGGUGGUGGUUCCCAAGGGACCUGUGGGCAAGAAUGGCAUCAGUGGAGUAAAGCUUUCGGUGACGUCAUCUAAUGGUAAUUCUCCACUACUGAUCAACACUACGGAGUGUAAUGGGAGCGUCCACACGGCAUGUACCACACCAGAGGAGCCAGAGGAACUGGACACACGGGUGGUGAACCCCUCGUUUCCUAACCCGAGGCGUCGCUUGCGUCUGCGUGAUCUGGCUGAAAGGGUGAUAGAUGCCCAGGAGAACGAACAGGAGCUCAAUAAACUCCUCAAUGAAGCGCUUCUAGAAAGAGAGACAGUACAAGCGCUUAAAGGCAAGUACACAAAUCGACUGUCCCUGCGUUUCACGGACCCAGAGCUGGAGACGAGGUUCUCUGUAGAGAAGGAGAAACAGAGUGGUGCAGCGUUCAGCUGCUCGUGUGUGGUGCUGCUCUUCACUGCGAUCAUGGAAGCACUCAUCGACCCCUGGCUGGUGGCAAACUAUGUGACUCUGGCCGUGGGGGAAGUCUUGCUUCUUAUUCUCACUAUCUGUUCACUAGCAGCAAUUUUUCCACGGGUUUUUCCAAAGAGAUUGGUGUCGUUCUCCACUUGGAUUGAUCACACACGCUGGGCCCGCAACACUUGGGCCAUGGCAGCCAUCUUCAUAGUCACAAUGGCAGACAUAAUAGAUAUGUUAAGUUGUCGGCCACCCUCUAGUGAUGCGACCGAGGUCACUCCGGUCACACCAGUAACCAGGGGCUGUCUGGAGAAUCCUAAAUACUACAGCUACAUCGCAGUUCUGGCCCUCAUCGCAACCACCAUGUUGGUGCAGGUCAGCCACAUGGUCAAACUGACCCUCAUGCUACUGAUCACAGUAGCUACAGGUGUGGUUAACAUCUACAGCUGGAGGGACAUCUUUGAUGCGUAUGAUCUGUCUCGUUUUAAAGAGUACAGGAUUUAUCUUGUGCCCUCCAAAUACACCAUGAGUGUGAUGAUCUUCAUCAUGAUGGUUAGCUUCUACUACUUCUCGCGACACGUCGAGAAGCUCGCACGCACGCUGUUCCUGUGGAAGAUUGAAGUGCACGAGCAGAAGGAGAAGGUGUACGAGAUGAGACGUUGGAAUGAGGCUCUGGUCACAAAUAUGCUUCCGGAGCAUGUUGCCAGACACUUCCUGGGCUCCAAGAAAAGAGAUGAGGAGCUCUACAGCCAGUCCUAUGAUGAGAUUGGAGUCAUGUUUGCAUCCAUACCAAACUUCUCUGAUUUCUACACGGAGGAAAGCAUCAACAACGGGGGGAUUGAGUGUCUGAGGUUCCUCAAUGAAAUAAUUUCCGACUUUGACAGUCUUUUAGAUGAGCCGCAGUUUCGCUGUAUAACCAAGAUUAAGACUAUUGGCAGCACGUACAUGGCAGCAUCAGGAGUCACUUCAGACAACAACACCAACGGUUAUGCCUGUGUGAAGAAAGAAGAGAUUUCAGACAGGGAACGUUGGCAGCACUUGGCCGAUCUGGCCGAUUUCGCUCUGGCCAUGAAGGUGACGCUGAUGAACAUCAACUACCAGUCCUUCAAUAACUUCAUGCUCCGCAUCGGGUUGAAUAAAGGAGCCGUUUUGGCUGGAGUUAUCGGGGCCCGUAAACCUCAUUUUGACAUCUGGGGAAACACUGUGAAUGUCGCCAGUCGCAUGGAGUCCACAGGGGUGAUGGGAAACAUCCAGGUGGUGGAGGACUGCUACUCCAUCUUGAAGGACUAUGGCUUCCGCUUUGUGAGAAGGGGGCCAAUAUUUGUGAAAGGGAAAGGAGAGCUGCUCACCUAUUUCCUAAAGGGACGAGAAAAACAAGGCUCCUUCAUUAACGGCUCCUUCGUCACCCUGCCGCACCAAGUGGUGGACAGCUCUUGACCAACACGCGCACACGCACACACACACACACACACACACACACACUGUCUUACAAGAAACUCCACUUUCUCUUGCACACUCCACAUCAUACCUCCUCCGCUGUACUCCAGUUAUUAGUACUUUCAAAUGUGUUUUCUGUAUUUAUUAGACUGAGGAAAGAAAUUUUCGAUGGCAAACGAGAAAGCCUUUCUGUUCAUACAAGAGAAAUAAUAUAUUAUAUAAUGUUAUGAAGCAUUGACAAACAAGAAUGAGUAAAACGAAACACGAAUUGAAUAGGUUGCUGAAGGGAGUUUUUGUUAUUUUAAACUACACGAAGAAAACCGAGUAAACACGAUUAACUUCGCUGUAUAUUUUACACUGAGCUGCUCAAAAUGAACCGUCGAAUGACUAAAUUCUUUGUUUUAUUUACAAAAUCCAUUAUUAUUUAAGAAUUGCAGAUUAUCCUUAAGGUCCCAAUUGUAUCUGAAUGUUGUUUGAAAUCUCUGAAUGCCUGUGUAGACAACUGCCUUUUUCACAAGUUUGCGUGUGUGUAUACAGCAAGCAUGAGUAUGUGUUUUUAGUGUAUUUGUAAGUUUUGUCACCUUAGUCUGUUGUCACCUUUGUCACUUUUUAUUUUUAUGUCAGUUUAUAAUGGACGUACAGUGGAAUGCAAAUGUCUGAGACCGAACUGACAAUCUGGAGAUAAAGUUUUAAAUUAUAAGGAUUUAAAACAAGGGAUGUAGAUGGAUGAUGUAAAAUGAAUAAUUAAUAUUUCGGAAUUUGCAAGUAAAAUUAUUAUUACAAAAUAUUUAAUUCAUAUUGUAAUGAUUAUAAAAUAAUAUUUCAAGGUCCAGUUUGCUUGUUUCCAUUAAAGCACAUGUGAAGUUCUUUGGAUGUUUCACCAGUCAAACCUACAGAGUCCCUGAAAAAUGCAGAGAAGCGUUUUCACUUGUGGUUUCAGACUUUUGGACCCCACUGCAUGUUGUUUUAGUAAGUGUUACUCAUGUGCCAAAUAGAAGCCACUUUAUGCAUCAGUCUGUGGUACUCUGAGGAGAUGUGCAGAAUGGGUUUAUGAGUAUCACUGUGAACGGGUUCAUCAUGCGUGUCUGAAAUAUCUCUGCACUACAUUCAUAGGCAGUAUUGCAGUAAUGGAGGAUUCUUAGAUCAGAAAAGAUUCCUAACUGUGUCUUUCCUGGAAUAUUAGAUGUGCAAUAGUUCAUUCUUUAAUAGCAUUCUUAUCUCGAGUACAAUUUUGCAAAAAACCUUCUCUCCCAACAAGUCAUAUUUUUAUAUUAUGAUUGUAAAAGUUCUAGUUAAAGGGUAUUGUAUAAUGAGAUGGACAUCAGGAUGGGUCUGUGUGUUUGGCCAAACAGUUUAUUUAUUCUAAAUGUCAGGGAUGUUCCGUAUGUGCAGCAGAACUAGCGUUUGUUUUUGACUUUCAUGGGUUAAAAUGGUUUAUGAGAGCAUGACAUUGUGGCCGGUCUCUGUGGUUUGAUGCAGGGUUUUGCUAAAAUUUGAUAUUUUUGAAUUAUCCUUAGAUAUGAAAUAAAAUGGCACUUUGAAUGAUAUGUUACCUAAAUUGGUUUCUGUUUGAUUAUUUUAACCUCUUUGUGUAUUUCAUCUAGUUAUAACAAAACAGUUUAUUCAUGAAAAAGCAAAACGUCUUUUCCUCCACAUGAAUUUUAACCUUUCAUGCAGAGAGGUCACUACAGUGAAAAGCAAUCAAAAAGCCAUUUAUUUUGUAUGGUUCUGUUUUGAUGGUGUAGUUGCACAUCAACCACUACAGGGGGAACACGUGCAUCACCCUAUGCACUUUCACCUCUUCAGAUGUUCACUAAAAUGAAAAUAAAAAGUGGUAGGUGAAAAUAUGUGUGAGAAAUCCUCAAAUGCCCUUAGAGCAAUUUUUUUCACAAUUCAUGCAGAAAAAGUUAGUUCCAGGGUUUUUUCAUAAUCACCACACUGUAAUUCUGUAAUCACCACUGAAAUUCGUUUAAUUCACCAAACAGUUCUCGACCCCCAAUUGACUACCAUAGUAGGAAAAAAUGCCCCAGAGCUGUUUGCUGUCCUACAUUUUUGAAAAUGUCUUCAUUUGUGUUCAACAGAACAAAAAAAAUGAUAAAGUAAUUUCUAUGGGAGUCGAGAUCUGUUUGGUUAUAAGCAUUCUUCCAAAUACCUUUCUCUGCGUUUACAAAGAAACAAAGAAAAAGUGAGGUAACUCAUUCUUAUUUCUUUCAACUCCUCUGAGUCAAAAUCUUUAAACCUAUAAAUACGUCUCACCCGAUUUGGAUAAAGUUUUUCAAAGAAAACAUCUCUAAUAUACAUUUAUAAUCGCUAAUCGAAUAGCACCAAGAUGGUAAAGAAAAUGUCACAGAAUAGUGUAAAAGAACUCGUUUGAGCAUUAACAACAUGCUUUGAGGUAUGGCUUACAACUGUAUAAAACUCUUUAGGGUGAAAUGCAACCUCGUGUUUUAAACAGAAGUCAUUGUAAUUAAGAAUAUUUCCAUAACUAUCCAGUAAUGA